GCCCUCACUGUCUUAUAACCUGGUUACCCCUGUGACGUCCCUUGAUGGCCCCCCUCACCGACCAGCAAGCCAGCAUUGUCGCAUUGUACCUGGAGAGCACAGCUUGGGGUAUCUUCCUUGUCACAUUCGGGCUAUGCCUUCGCUCUCUUCUGUUCUCAAAAUCUGGCCUAAAGCCGUUUUCUGAGAUAAAUCGACCAAUGUUCGCUGUAUGUUUGAUCAUGCCAAUAUUCGCCACGGUGAAUAUGGCUAUCAAUACGAAAAGGGCGCUGGACUCUGUUGGACCUAGAGGUAUCAGCGAGCAGUUCACUGAUCUCGGGAGUGCUAUCGAGAUCGUCAAGUUCUCGUGUGUUAAUCUACAGACACUUGUAGCGGAUGGUAUCCUCACUUAUCGUUGUUGGAUUGUUUACGGCAAGUCUUGGAUGAUAGCGGCUGCACCUGUGCUUUUAUGGAUAGGUGUUUUGGGAACGACCACCGCAAACAUAUACCUUCUCAGCACCAUCCAUUCCGAGGCUUUGACAGCAGCGACGAAACUUCGUCCUGUCGUUACUUCCUUUUGGGUCAUAAGUAUCGCUCUGAAUAUUAUUACAACGGCUCUCAUUGUCUUACGUAUUUUUGCCGUGGAUCGGAAAGUAACCUUCCAGCCAAUGUCUGGGAUAUCUAUUUCUCGCUCAGAGCGUCGUUUCAAUGCACUGCAGCGGACAAUGAGGAUCAUCGUUGAAUCUGGCGCAAUCUAUACCGGCAUAGCGAUUAUCACUUUUGCCACGUACGUCUCGGGAAACGUGGGAGUUUAUAUCACAAGCGCACUGGAGGUCCAAACGGCUGGAAUCGCUUUCAAUCUUGUCAUUAUCCGAGUACAUAGCAGAACUUAUCAGGAUGAGACCAAAGCUAUGACUGAGUUGCGGUUCUCGCUACGCUCUCGAUGGGACGUCGAAACCAGUCCAACGAAGCCUCAAGACGGCGAAAGCACUGUCGAUGACAAGGGGGUCGACUCAGAUUCGAGAGCUGCCCCACUCAGGUGAUGAAUCAGAGGUCACUCGGCUUGUAUAUAUAUAUUUAUGGAAGGAAAUACUUGGACUUUCGGAGUCGGCACUGCCAUUACGAUCCUUAUGCGGCCGAGCUCCGCAUCGCUCAUACAAGCGCUUCGUAGUCAUUCAGAAUUCGUUUAAGCUCUUCUUUUGGAAUCCGUGUCUCGAAAUCGAGGGCGAAAGGCAGGGGAUGUAGAUUAGCCGUUUGCGUAAACGCCUGAGUAUCGAUCGGAGAACCAUCCACUUCCUUCAAGCGAAAAGCCCAUAACACGAAAGCGGUUGUUAUGAACAGUGAUCUGGCCGUGUGCCUGAGUUAAGAGUUCAUGGCAAGAAAUAGAUACAAACCUAUUGGCUAGUUGCUGUCCGGGACAGACUCUAU